AUGCCGACGGACGACGACUAUGGCCGAAGUUCACGUCUCCUGUCGCAGCAGCAUCCCUCGGGGCAGUACGUCGGGUCGUCGGGGGUGGGCCUGGUAUCAGGAGCGGUUUGCGCGCAGGGGGUGUCGUGCGCGCAGUCGAGCCCCCCCCCGGGAGGGUCGGGGGACCACCUUGAGAAUUAUGGGGUCCGCUACGAGAAGCCGGAGAAGGUGGACCCCCACCACCACCACCACUACCCCCACCACCGGCGGGAGGAAGAUUUCGCCGCUCGAGUUUCGCACCAGUACUCGUCGCGGGUGGGGGGCCAGUCUCAGGGAGGAGGGUUGUCGGAGAGGUACUCGCGUUACCAGGAGCUGGGCUGCCCCGAGCAGUACCAGGGGGGGGACGGCCAGGGGGUGGCGUCGGCGGCGUCGGCGUCGGAUCACCGUCGUCACGGCUCGCAGGAGGCGCAGGAGGAGGACUACGGGGGGUCGAAGAAGCACCUGCCAGUCGCCGAUCAGUCCCGGGGGAACCCCUUCGGCGAGACGUUCCCCUCCCCCCCGUCGCCCGCGCCGGCGGGGGACCGUUUCGUGCCCCCGCCCCCCCUGUCGCCGCCGCCAGGGGAGAAGUACUCCUCCUCUGGGACUCUGGCUGGCUAUGCUGCUCCUGAUAGGCUGCUUGCCGCCGGUUCUCCGGUCCCCCGGUAUCCUGGGGGGCCGGGCGCCUCCAAGGAGAGAGGCCCGCCCGACCGCGUGUUGGCCCCCGCCACCUCCUCGCCGGCUCAUGGGGACCAACGGUACGGGGGAGGUGGCGCCAACGGCUCGCCGGUUCUGCAGCAGGACCGCUCCGGGUACUGUCUACCAGGAGGCGCGGGCAAGGAGGUGGCACCACCUGACAGGAGCGACAGGAGGUACCCCGGCCAGUCGGGGGGCGAGCUGGGGCUGUCCCCUCACCACGCGGCGCUCCUGCCCGAGAGGUAUGCCGCGGUCAAGGGGGCCGCGGUCGCGGAUCGCUACCAUCGCCAGGAGGUGGCACCCGCCGCGACGGCGACGGUGGCGGCGCAGCGGCACGAGCGCUACCUAUCGGCCUCGCCGAACCCGGAGGGCGCGCACCACCAGCGGUACCAGGGGUCGACCGCCUCCUCGUCCUCCUCCACCUGUUCCGCGGAGCAGUCGGCGCUGCAGCAGAGGAGGUACUCGGCGUCGGGCCCCGAGCACUCGUCGCCCGGACCUGGGGACCUGGCGGCGAGGUUCCUCGGUUUCCAGGAGGUGGCUCAAGCCACGCACCGGUACCUGGGGACGGACCGUUUCGCCGAGCAGCACACCCCGCGGUACGGGUCCGCGCAGGCGCGGGAGCGGUACCUGGUCGCGGCCUCGCUGCCGGGGGCGGAUCGCCCCCCGGGGGGGCAGGGUCCCCCCGACGGCCGCUACUCCUGCUCGUCGACGGAGCGCCUCCUCGCCUCGGCCUCGCCGUCCUCGGACGCGGGCCGCUUCUACGGGGCCUUCGUCGGUUCCGGACUCCCGGGGGCCGAGAGGUACGGCCUCUCGCCGACCUCCGAGGGGGGCCUCAGGUACGGGCCCAAGUCCUCCGACAAGUACCUGCCGCUCGGCAAGAGCCUCCAGGCAUACGCCGAGCGCUACCAGGGGGGCCCCGACCCCUUCCAGGGGGCCCUUGAGCGCUAUCAGCCGGGCCCUCCUGACCGCUAUCUCGCUCCUGCCGAUCCCCUCCGGUAUUCUCCUGCUCGCGGGGCCCAGGGCCCCGACAAGUACCUCGGCCCCCUCGCCAAGCCUAAGGACCGCUUCCCCCCGGCCGGUCCCCCACCCACCGGCCGCAUAGCCAACCCCCCAGCCCCAGCGUCCGUCCCGGCGUCAUAUGUCCCCCCGAAUGCCCACACCCCCGUCGAACGAUACGUACCCCAGCCCCCUCCCGAAGUCCUUUACCCUGAACGGUACGCCGAGAGGUACGUCCCCCCAGCCGCCCACACUCCUACCGACCGCUACGUCCCUGCCGCCGACCCGGGGGAUCCGUACAUGAGGAGGGACCUUGGCUUCCACCAUCACUAUCGGCUACCUCCCCCUGGGUAUCCCUACCAUCAGGGGCACUUCCGGUUCAGGGGGCUCGCCUAUGCCCCCCCUGGCAGGCUCGGGGGCAGCCCUGGGUCCAGCAGCUCCGGCAGCUCCACCUCCAACCAGAGGGAACUGUCCACGUCGCCGCUGCUCAGAUCGAAGAACAGGAACCAGGUGGAGUUCCAACCUAGGCAGGGGCCUGCUAAUCCCGCGCCCUGCUGCAGCCAGGAUGUCCCCCUGCCUGGACAGAGGACCUGCUGCCCCACUCUUAGGCGGUCUUUGCCCCCCGGCGCGCUUCCGGCCAUUCCCACGCAGACGACGCACUCAUCUUGGCAACCGUCGCCCGGGUCGGCGACCACCGGGACGACGUCGACGUCGUCGUCGACAGGCCCCGAGGGCGAGGCGACGCAGGGCAUGGGCACGUUCGCGGUCGGCGGCGUCAGCGUCGCGACGUCGACGGAGGGCCCCGGGACGACGCCGGCGACGAGCUCACCACCUUCCGUGCCUUCGACGAGAGUCGGCGCCCCGGGUCCCCGCCCCCCCAGGCCCGGGUCCGCUACCCCACAGAGGCCCAGGACGAGGAGGACCCUCAGUCGCACCGAGGCCCUCAAGAGGUAA